AUGAUUGACAAGCGAAUGACAAAAAGAUCCCUAAACCUUAAUGCGGACGUCACAGGUGUGCCGAUCCUCGGUGAGCGGAUCCCCUGCAUGAUAACAGUCAAGUUCUGGGAUUUUAUUCACUCCUUCAAAGAGAUGAGAGAAGCAGCUAUGAGUUUCUCUGCAGCAGUCCACGGAGUUAUUGUCUUCAUUGUAGCGGUGACGCUAACCCAGCAGCUGAAUUCACCUGGUACAAGGAGAACAAAAUCCUUCCAGAUAUAUCCAAACAGGUCUAUCAUUUCCACGCAGUCAGCUCUGACGACAGAGGAAGCUACUUUUGCAAAUUCCAAGAACCAGUAUGGACACCUUGAGUCUUCGCCUCUGUUUCUAGAUGUCCUCUAUGCUCCCAGAUUUCUUUCUGUGUCACUGAGUCCCUCUGGUAAAAUUGCAGAGGGCAGCUCAGUGACUCUGACGUGUAGCAGUGAUGCCAACCCAGCCGCUGAUUACAACUGGUACAAGGAAGGAAAGGACUCACCAGAAGCCUCAGGAAAAAACUUCACCAUCAGCAACAUACAGCACGAACACAGUGGGGACUAUUACUGCAAAGUCCAGAACAAGAUUGGACGUCACAACGCUACUGUAUCUGUGAUCGUUGUGGGAGGGCCAUCAAAGCUUGCAGCCAUUGGAACUACUCUUUUUAUUUUUCUGAUCAUAUUUAUCUUUGUCUUCUUAUUAGUGAGAAAUCGGAGAUCUUCAAUACCACCUUCACCCAAACCAGUAGAAAGCCCCAGAAACAUUGAGCAGUGUCAACCCAGUCUUCCUGAGUCCCAGGAAGACGUUCAGUAUGCCAGCAUACAGUUCUUGAGGAAGCAGAAAGAUCCUGUCUAUGCCAAUUUCAAACCUGCUAAACCUAGGACAUCUGAUGAGGAGGAAGAGGAGGAGCAGGAUGUGGAGUAUACCACUGUUAAAUUUGCCAGUACCAGUUGUGGCCACAGAACUGAAGGCCCAGAAAGUGGAGAGGAUUUAACUGCAUUGUACAGUGUAGUCAACAAAUUCCAAAGACCUAAGUUGAAUAGUUAACAUUUAUAUUAUACAGAGAAACUCAUGGUCCUCUUUCACUGACAUCACCUGUAGCAUUGUUGAUCGUCUAUAGCUAAUCUUUAGGCUGAUCAGGUUGGUUUCUUCUCACCCAUAGUAACAGCCCCUUUGUUGCAAACACCUUUUGACCCGGGACCAUUACACAAUUAUUUCUGUAUAAUACUUCAACAGUAACAUAAAUCUUGGCUUUAAGUAAAACAAAGACCAACAAAAGACUUGGGGAUAAGGACACCAGUCCUAGCAAAGUCAACAGCCAGACCAUUAAGGUGUUUUUUGUGGAAUUAAAGAUUCUCAGGUAAGAAAAUACAUUGUUUUACCAGGACUUUUAGUUUUUCUGUGUAUUUAUCAGUGCAUAUAUUUGCUGAUGUGUAAUUGACGUGAAAUGAACAACUAAUUUAUGCAAUUUCGACGUCCUCUCUGUUAGAAAUGGGACAUAUGAGUGGAACGGCCGGUUAUCCUGGAAACUGCACGCUCACCGUAGACAGUCUUGGACACAAUGCUAUGACACAAUCUAUCAGAUAGCACCCUAGUGGUGACACAUUAUUUCACUGACAUGUGAGGAAGUGUACAGCUCUUGCAAGGGCUUGUCUGAGACUUCUUUUUAAGAUCAUGGGAGGAUCAGGCGGGGCUCUUCCAUGUUCCUUUUUCCUGCAGCCUGAUGGAUCAAGAGCCCGUCAGCGCUGACGUGUCUGUUACAUUUCUCUGGCUUAUUAGAUUAAAUGUGUUAACCUAUAGAUUCCUGUUUCAAGCGUCGUUCCUCCAAAACCUUUUAAGCCAAGUGGAGUUCGCUUAAAGGGAAAAGGGCCGAAGUCCAUUAAGCUGUUUCACUGCCAGCAGGGUGCUGUAGCUUUUAACAUCUCAUGUGUAUCAUUGUUUUGAAAUUAAUAUUUAGGGUCAAAUUACGGUUCUAAGAAAACUAACUGAAUGGGGAUUUGACUGGCAUGUAUUGACAACCUUAUUAUUGUAACACAAUUAAAUGCUCCUGGGUUCAAAAACAGACAGAUUUUGUGUUCAAAAGUGAGACUCUUAAUUUAUUCCCUUCACUGUUGGUAGAUUUUACCCAAUCACUGCACUGCAGGAAAAUGUAAAAUAUUCUUAUGACACAGAUGUUUAGACAAUAUGGAGUACUUGAGCCUGCUUCAGUGUAAUGAUGCUGGUCAGAACAUGUCGACCCAAAUGCUGCCAGAAUUUAUUAAUUUUCUUAAUUACAAACUGUCAUUUGUCCCUGAGAAGGCGUCAUAUGGAAAUCCGUUGGUUGGGUGCUGGGUUUGUCUCAAAGCUACUGCUCCCAGUAUCCUCCUCCUCUCUGGAUUAAUCUCUAUCAUAUGAGCUGGAGACUUUAAUAUCACUGCUUUCCUCCCAUGUGGCUAUUUUCUUAUGUUCCAGGAACUGUAUUCGGUGAGCUAUUAACCUCUUCAUCAUUCCUCUGCAACUUUCAAUUGUGUUUCUUUUUUUUUUUAAGAUUUUUACUUUUUUCUCAGUAUCGCACAUGGAGCAGGAUUUAACUAUUGUGAUUCACAAGCCCAAACACAUCGAAAGACGAAAAACUGCUCAAAUUGAUUUAAAUAUGCACUUUAAAGGGCAACAUUCUUGUGUAAAUGAUUCUAUUUAUUUUGUUACUAAUCAUUUUUCAUGCUGUUUGACCAAAUAAGAGAACAAUCUAAAAUUAGUGUAUAGUAUUUUGCUUUAAAAUAUUACCUUUUUACCAUCAUCUUGUCCAUAAUGCAAAGAAGUUACCGUAAGGAACUAUGCUCUAAUCUCCAGUGUGUUUUGCUUGCCUCGGUCUGACCACAAACUUCCUGUUUUGCAAGUAAAAUUUUGGUUGUUUAACACAUAAUAACCUUCUGAUUUCACCAUCAAUGAAUCAAGCCAGAGAAAUAAAGGAAAGUGUUGAGUUUCAAAGAGAGACAAA